UCUUGCUUCUGCAUAUUCGUUUUCGAUUUCCUUUUCUCUUCUUUAAAGAAAGGUUUACUUUUUUGUUUCCCUCUUCGAUUCGCGAUCUUUGCAAACCCUAGUACCUUUGCCUCGUGUGUUUUUUUCUUCGGUGGUUUUAGGGAUUUCUAGGGUUUCGGGGUCUGAAUCAGCGGCGAUGAACAGUAACAGAGGGAGGUAUCCACCAGGGAUCGGUGCCGGCCGAGGCGGCGGAAUGCACGCGAACCCGGCUUUUCAAUCGAGAGCGCCGCAACAGCAGUACGUGCAGAGGAAUUUGGUGCAGAACCAAACGCAGCAGCACUAUAUUCAGCAGCAACAACAUCACCAACACCAACACCACCACCAUCAGCAGCAGCAGCAGCACCAGUACCAGCAACAGCAACAGUGGCUGAGGAGGGGCCAAUUGGGCGGCGUUGCGGAUUCUGGCGUCGUUGACGAGGUCGAGAAGACCGUGCAGUCUGAAGCAGUGGACUCGAGUUCACAAGACUGGAAGGCAAGGUUAAAAAUACCCCCACCUGAUACCCGCUUUAGAACAGAGGAUGUAACAGCAACUAAAGGAAAUGAAUUCGAGGACUAUUUUCUGAAACGUGAGCUACUAAUGGGAAUAUAUGAGAAAGGGUUUGAAAGACCAUCACCUAUUCAGGAGGAGAGUAUUCCAAUUGCUCUUACCGGUAGUGAUAUUCUUGCUAGAGCCAAAAAUGGGACUGGAAAAACGGCAGCCUUUUGCAUCCCUGCCUUGGAAAAGAUUGAUCAAGAUACAAAUGCCAUUCAAGUUGUGAUACUUGUCCCAACUCGCGAGUUGGCUCUUCAAACAUCACAAGUCUGUAAGGAGCUUGGGAAGCAUUUGAAUAUUCAAGUUAUGGUUACAACUGGAGGUACCAGCUUAAAGGAUGAUAUCAUGCGUUUGUAUCAACCUGUUCAUUUACUUGUUGGAACUCCUGGAAGAAUUUUAGAUCUUGCAAAAAAGGGUGUCUGUGUCUUGAAGGACUGCAAUAUGCUUGUUAUGGAUGAGGCUGAUAAACUUCUGUCACCAGAGUUUCAACCAUCGAUAGAGCAGCUGAUUCGCUUUGUCCCUGAAAAUCGACAAAUUUUGAUGUUUUCAGCUACAUUUCCUGUCACUGUUAAGGACUUUAAGGAUAGAUAUCUCCAAAAGCCUUAUGUUAUUAACCUUAUGGAUGAGCUUACUCUAAAGGGUAUUACUCAAUUUUAUGCUUUUGUUGAAGAAAGGCAGAAAGUUCACUGCUUGAACACUCUUUUCUCCAAGCUUCAAAUAAACCAAUCAAUUAUCUUCUGCAAUUCUGUGAAUCGGGUAGAAUUGUUGGCCAAGAAAAUUACAGAACUUGGCUAUUCUUGUUUUUAUAUUCAUGCAAAGAUGCUCCAAGACCAUCGUAAUAGAGUUUUUCAUGACUUCCGCAAUGGUGCAUGCAGGAAUCUUGUUUGUACUGAUUUAUUUACUAGAGGAAUAGACAUUCAAGCAGUCAAUGUGGUUAUCAACUUCGAUUUUCCCAAGAACUCAGAAACAUAUCUCCACAGGGUUGGUCGAUCAGGAAGGUUUGGACAUCUUGGUUUAGCUGUGAAUUUGAUCACAUAUGAGGAUCGCUUUAACUUGUAUAGGAUUGAGCAGGAACUUGGCACCGAGAUAAAGCAAAUUCCACCCCAUAUUGAUCAGGCAAUUUAUUGCCGGUGAUUGGUUGCUCAAAUCUACUCACAAUGGCGAGUGGUUGAUGAAGGUGCCUAGUCAAGAAGGAAAUCUGGCUUUGCAUUGUAGGAAACGCUCUGCAUUGUUGUUGGCCCGUGGAAUGCUUUUAUUAGUUUAUGAUUUUCAUAUCCCUGAAACAUUACCAGGACCUUAAGAGAAUUCUAGAUUGGCCUAUAAAAGACAGCAGGUAGUUACACUGGGUCCAGUUCGCAGUUGCCUUUGAUUCUAUGUUAUGCUCUCUACUUGGUUUGGUAUUAUUUGCCUUCUGUUCUAUUUUGGUCGCAGAUCUACUGUUGGAAGUGUACUUUUUAUGCAGCUUUACACUUGAGAAAAAUCUAUUUGUUUUUGUUUUAAUACUA